UUUAGGUAUUGUCCCAGCAGAAGAUGGAUUGAACAUCUUUUCCAAGAUUUUCUGGUCUGUCGGUUCUGGUUCUUCUGCAAUGGGUCCUAAACCAGGGUAUGGUGGUGGUGGUGGUGGUGGUCCAACAUCUUUUGUGUCAGUUUUACUCUCAGAAUUAGAUCGAUAUUUAUUGAGCAUUGUGCUUGUAUCAUCAAUGCUUCUCUUUCUACGGGACUCCUCGACACUACCAAAAGAACUUGGCCCAAACUUAGACGUUUCACCAAAUGGGAAUUUGGGUCCAACUGGACCAAACAUUCCUCUUUUAUAAAAACCUAAACCAGUAUAAGAAUACGUGGAGUAUAGUGAAGAACCUGCAGUGCCAUAACCUGGAUAAUCCACGGGACCCAUACCACCAAAAAUAUUACUUAACAAAUCAGUUUUCUUUGAUAUCAUUGUGCGCGGGUCAACAAGCUUUGGAAAAAAUGAUGGUUUUGGCAUAUAUGGUACUGUUAUAGUUCCCAUUCCUGGGAUACCUGGAGGUCCCAGAGAUCUUGAAUAAACUGCAAGACAUUAUUGCAGCAAAACUUGUCCAUGAUGUUCCUGGUGGUAAUUUUCCAUGAGCUCCUGCAGCAAAAGCCAAGAAGACAACAAACAGUGAUCGAACCAUCUUUGCACUAUAUGAUCAGAGUCGUGUCCGUCGGGGUUUUUAUACUAACCGGUAGAAAUUAAUCCUUACAAAAUCUUGAUUAUUAUCAGGGAUCAGGUUGUUCUAGCGGUGGCAACGGCAAACUCAUUAAAAUAAUCCAUUCUUCAUUUAGAACGUCUACACCUGGGGAUUAUUUGGAGCCAUUGAAAUACGUUAAUGUACAUCAAUGCAAUUUCCUUCUUAAGAUAUUCAUGUGUUAUUAUUAACUGUCAAAUGCAAUUCUUUUGUUUAUCUACAAUGCACUCCCGCUUGUCUCCAUUGUUUUAUAGUGCAUUGUUUGUCUCCCGUGCUUUUCAAGCUUCCGAGAAAUAUUUUAAUACUCUAUAAAAUAUUCAUUAGUUACCAGCAGAAUAAUUCUGUUAGUAAAACUAUUCUAAGGUGAAAGCCUUCAAAAGAAAAUGACCACGUCGGCUAAUAAUUUAUCGGGCGAUGUUAUAGACGCUAUUCGACCUGAUCUUGAGGCAUUUGCGUCGUUGUGGUCUGCUCUGAGAAAAAAUUAUAAAGGAACCAAUAUCACUAGGACUGUAGCACGUCUUUUGCAUAUGUAUCAGCCUGAGGAUGGUGUUCUUGCUUAUGAGCGUCUUCUACGAACAUUAUAUGUACUGCUAGAAGAUUUUGAUGGAGAUGGUUUACAACUUCUUGUAUCCAUGGUACCACCUCCAAAGGGUGUUAAAGAAGAUACUAUAAAGGAGGUCUUUCACAGGGCAACAGGAUUUGUCAGAAUGGAUGCACCAUUAUUCCACAGAAAUACAUUUUAUAUCAGUAGUAAUAAUUCUAUUGCAAUGGAUGGUUCCAAAGUAUCUAAUGGAAGUACAGUUCUACCUGGAGAAUCUGCUUCUUGUAUACCACGAUCUAAUUCUAUGUAUACAAACCCUAAGAAUGUUCAAACUGUAAAAACUGAAAGCUAUACCAGCAAUCAAAAGUCACCUCAGAUGAUACCUCAAGAGGCUGACGUAUUUCGUGGUUUUCCACCAAAUGAAAUCACCAACACGCAAAGUCAUAUACAAAAUCUAAACAAUUUCUAUAGGCCAAGCAAUUAUGAUCAUCCUCCUCAUCAGACCUAUGUUAACUUCAGUCAAGUUGUUGGUCAAAAUUGUGGAGAUGCCAAACAACUUCCAACUAAUACUGUUCUCGCGCCUGGAUAUAGGUUAAAGUGGCUUCAGGCUCCUUAUUUAUUACAAAAGAGUCCUUAUCCACCUUGUCGAGAUGUUUACCUGAAAACUAUAGAUAAUAAAUAUCUGAGACUUCCACUUAGCAAGAUGAAUGACAUUUGUCGACCAGACGUUCUUUACUCUUCUCAGAUACCUUACUACGAAUGCUUGCAUACCAAGAGUAAUACAAUGACCAGUGGCUUGCUGGAAAAGGUGCAGAUACCACAGGACAACGAAAAUUAUUCUAAAGAAACAUCUACUAAGAGAGAUGAAACAGUGGAAAGUCAAAAGCAUGAUAAUAUGCAAAAUGCAGUGUUUAGCAGAAUAUAUAAUGAUAUGGAUACAAUUAAGAAGCAUGAAGGUUCCUACAAAAUCAAUUAUGAUACUGAUACCUGCUGCACUGCUAAUCAGUUACUAAAUGCAAAUGUUGGUCAAGAGAAUAAGGAUAUUAAAAUAAGAAUUCAAAAUAAUGGUACAGAAUUAGAAAAUGUGAUGAAGCCUUUAAAACAGUUUGAAGAGGAAGUUAGAAGAAGACAGAGAGCUAUUCAAGAGGACAUAUUUAAAAUGGAUGUUGUAAGAUGUAACGAAAGUAACCAGUCAAUUGAAAGUCAAGAGGCACUUCGGUUGGAUGACUUAACAGUGAAUGUAAAUCUAAAACAGAGCGUUUGCAACUUUUUCAAGAGAGUAAUAGAUGGCGCAACUGUCAAAACUCGAAAUCUUCCAUGCACAAGACCCUUGAGUGAAAUUCCACAGCCAAUAACUUUAAAUCCGGAUUUAUCAAAUAUAACUUCUCAAUGGCCAUAUACAGCACCACAAUUCUGUGCUAUUCAGGACACAAAUAUCAGCCUGGAAAACAAGCAUUAUGAAGUUUUAGCAAACUCUUCUUUAAGAAGUGAUCAGAAUUUUCCUAUUCGAGACUCUACGAGUAUAAAGGAGGAGAAUAUUCGUAAAGUGACUCGACGACGAAAGGCUGAUUCUACGGGCAAGUCAAAAUCUCAGAAGAUAACGCAGAGAAUACUAAAUCCUUUGAAGACCGUAGAAACUGGUUCGAAUAUUUCAGAACCAAAUAUAAAUUCCAAUUUGGAUCCCGUGUAUCCAAAUUAUCCUACAUCAGAUCAAGGAGUACUCCUUCAGCAAGCCAGUACAUUAACAGAAAUGGCGGCUUAUAAAAAACAGUACUACGAUGCUUUGCUCCGAAUACAAAGAGCAAAAGCAGCUGCAGCUAAUUCUUUAGCUCUGUCUUCAGUAGGCAGUUCAACUGGUUACGAUCCUUACUACUUUAGCUAUUUGAAUCUACAACAGCAGAUGCUCCAACAACAACAACAACAUCAACAACAACAUCAACAUUUGUUACUAGGACCACGUUUUACAGCUCAGAGAUUAGUACGACCUGCUCAUAUGAAUAUGCACGCUACUGCUACUCCCUGGAUUAGGCCCCCAGAUUGGACUUAUCCAUUUGGACAGUAUGACUUCACUAGACACACACACCCACCACACUUCUCCCAGUCAAAUAACAUAAGAUUCAUGAUGCCAAAUUCUACUACAAUGAACGCGCAGAAAUAUAUGGAAGAUCUACAAACGCAAUCAAGACCAGGUGUAAAACGUAGAAAAUUAGAAGAAAUCGUUGGAAAAUUAAAAGAAACAGAUAAUAGUGGUGAUCAUAUGACAUUUUUCCAAUGUCUCAUAUGAGGAUUACAAUGUCAUACUUAAUUGGAAUCGGCUGUGACGGUAUUACAUAACGCAUUAUAACUAACGAUUCUUAAUGUACACGUUUUGUUACAGUAACAUUUGAGAAACUCCUGCUCUACGAAUAGUACUUGUUCCUGAUGACGUAACUUUCAGAGAAAAAAAUGGAUCCAUCCACAUUAUCUCGAAUACUGUACAGAGAGUAAAUCCCAAUUGCCUCACACAAUAUAUAACAAUCCUCCUUAUUCUCUCUGUUUAUCCCUAGUGAUAUACAAAAAGAUGGUAUACAAGAAUAAACGAUAUCGCUAAA